GUUUCGUCGAGGAGAAGAUAACAAAGUGAAUAGUGUCGUUGUUUGUGAUAAGGAAGGUCUUUAGACGCGUCUCAAACCAACAUGAGUGAUUCAAACCAUCACAGCGCUGCCGACGAAAGGGAAGAGAGUCCAGCCAAAAGUGAAGAGCAUUCAAGGUCUCGAUCUGCUUCACGAUCAAGGUCUAGAUCCAGGUCCGGCUCUUCCAGGCGCUCCUCCAGGUCACGCUCACGCUCCAGAUCAAAGCAUUCUAGAUCUUACUCCAGAAGUCGCUCCAGGUCUCGUUCUCACAGCCAUACGAAGAGUUCAAGGUCAAGAGAGAGGAAGCGUUACAGAUCUUACUCACGUUCUCGCUCACCAAGCCCUUAUUACAAGAGAAGGGACCAUUCAAGAUCACCUUUGUCAGACAGAAAAAGGCAUCAAGGAAACAGGGAAGAACCACAGCCUAGCAGGUGUCUUGGUAUUUUUGGCCUGAGUCUUUACACUACAGAGAGAGAUUUGAAGCCAAUAUUUGAAAAGUAUGGACCAAUAGAAGACAUAAACAUUGUGUAUGAUCACCAGACUGGUCGCUCAAGAGGUUUUGGAUUUGUCUACUAUGAGUAUACAGAAGAUGCAGAAAUGGCUAAGGAAAGAACAUCUGGCAUUGAACUUGAUGGCAGGAGGAUAAGAGUGGAUUUCUCUAUCACCAAGAGAGCACAUACUCCUACACCAGGAAUCUACAUGGGAAAACCAUCACAGCAUCGUGAUUACAAACGUAGGCGAGAUGACUACAGAGAUGACUACAGGGACCGUGACGACUACUAUCGUGAGCGCAGCAGCGAUCGCUAUGAGAAAAGAUAUCGUUCAAGAUCUCGUUCAUACUCUCCAAGACGCUACUGAGUGAUUGCAGCUGUUAGACAGUAAAGUGGUCUUCUUUGCUCUAGAUAGAUUAGGACUAUCAACUGUAGCUUUGGCACAGUUAUUGACAAAACUAAAAAGUUUGGCUCACCGUUGAUUUAAUUUUUAAGAAUGCUAAUUUUAGUAAGUCUACAAUAUUGCGUUUUGGUUAAGCUUGUCGAUUAGAAUAUGUAUAACCUUUAAAACAAAUUAACUGCCCCAAAAAACAAUUAGAGAUAGGCCGUCCAGUCCGUUUCAUUUCUGGUUCCAUCCAUCCGUUCCAUCCAUUUCUUUUUAUUUCAAUACCUGUGUAAGCAGACCUUAGUAGUGUACUUAAUUUUGAUUUGCCUAAGGAUCAACUUGAAAAUAACUUUUGAAACUGGGGAAGUAGUUCUGAAUCUAGUUAAUAGUUUUACCUCUUUUUCGCUUUUGCAUACAGGUAUAAUGCAAAAUAUGAAGAUAAUAAAGUGAAGAAUAUGAAGAAUAGUUGAAGAAUGGGUUUAAUCAAGUAUUUCAAGAAAGAAGAUAAAAAUUGUUAAACUAAAAA